ACUUGUACUUUACUUUCAAGUUUUUGAAUGUUGAUGUUGAAUUUAUUAAUUUAUAAUUUAUAUGGGUCGUAAAUACUAACUUUGAUCCUUCUAAAACAAAACGCAUUUGUUUUGUUUGGACUCCGUAAAAUUCAAAGUAAGACUGUUCUGCCUGCACUGCUCUUCUUUGGCUCGAGUCGAAAUCCGAAAGGUGUUUUCUGGUUUUCCUGAAAAACAAAUAAAAUAUACAAUAUUUACAAUGAUAUCCAACAUUCUGCUCAACAAGAUUGUUACUCGGCAACACGAUUUUUGCUGCAUAUGUUUAAAAACAAUACAGGGUACACCUAUUAAUAUCGAAGAUGAAGUUGUCCUGAAGGAUAAUGUUAUGAAAAUUCAGGAUGUUUUGUCACUUGUUUUAGGUUAUGAGAUCUGCAACAAUAUAUCUGUAUUUGAAAUUUUGUGCAAGGCUUGCACUCACGCUGCUGUUGACUGCUUAAACUUCAUAAUGACAACAAAAGAAACAUCAGAACUAUUAAACAAAGCUAUUUGUAACCUAUCAACAUGUUUGGACAAAACUGUGGAACCCUCACACAAAGAUAAAACACUGUACCUCACAAUAGAUACCUGUAAUAUGGAAUCAAAACAUUACUUCUAUCAUAAGACUGCAAAUACAUCAAACAUUGCACUAAAAAGGCUUCACAACAUAUUACAUUCAAAGCCUAAAAUUAAAAAAGAGAUAAAAAAGGAGUAUCAGAGGAGUUUACAACAAAAUACACAGAUUGAAAUUGACCCAAACACCGUGGAGAUGGAUUUAGAAGAUGAUUUACAAGAAGAUACUAAACCAAAGAGAAAGAGAUCAUAUUUCUCUAUUCCCAUGAAAACAAAAGAAAUGCUUUGUGAUAAAACUGAUUGCACAACAUUUAAAUGUAAAGUUUGCUUGAAAUUCUAUCCAAGUUUGACCAGUCUGAGGAAUCAUUAUAUAAGAGUUCACGCCCCAAAAAAUCACAAAUGUCGGAUAUGCAGUAAAAAGUUUGCUUCAUUGACACUAUUAGAAGCUCACAAAAAACUAAGUCAUUGUACAGUUGUUUGCAGCGAGUGCGGUAAAACUUAUCAUAAUCGUCAUUCCCUCAAAAUGCAUGAAAUCGGUCAUCAUUUCAAAAUUGUUUGUGAGGGAUGUGGAAGAGUUUACAAAAGCCAAACAACGUAUAAGAAACAUUUAGAUUUAAAUAUAUGCGGGCAAAACACCAGAGCAUUGCAUGCCAAUGCUCAGUUUACAUGUGAUUAUUGUAACAAAAAGUACACUCAAAAAGUUUCCCUGCGUGUACACAUUCAAUACGAACACUGUAACUACAAGGGCCACAUCUGCAAAUGGUGCAAUAAAUCAUUCUACGCACAGAGUAGACUGAAAGCGCAUAUACUCAAGCAUACGCAAGAGAAAAAUUUCCCAUGCGACAUAUGCGGUGGGAGAUUCAUAUCAAAAGAGUCGCUGUUGUACCAUACGAGAAUACACACAGGUGAACGACCUUACAAGUGUGAUUUAUGCAGCCGAAGGUUUUUGUCAGCUUCCAGGAGAUCAGACCAUUUUAAACGUCAUCACUCUGGCAGUGUUACUAAUGAUAGGUUUGACAAUACCUUCAACAUACAAUGGCAGGCUUUGAAAUCAGAAUAGAAUAAAAAAUCAUUGAUGUUGACUCAACACAACACUCCUGUUAAAAGAAACUUGACUUCUUCUUCGUUUGAUACAGGAGAGCAACAGAUUUUGGCUUUGGCCGUGGCUAGUUACUACCCUACCGAGAAAGGCAUACCGCCAAGCGAUUUAGCGUUCCGGUAUGAUGUUGUGCAGAAAUCAAAAGGGGUGUGGAUUUUCAUCCUCCCCUUAAUGGGUUGACCCGCUUCCAUCUUAGAUUGCAUCAUCACUUACCAUCAGGUGAGAUUGUAGUCAAGGGCUAACUUGUAAAGAAUAAAAAAAAACAUGACCUUGGAUGCAGAAGGCAGGGCCACUACUCAACGCAAUUCGGCCGUCUAAUGUAUAUAUACAUAAUUUUUAUUAAGAUCUUGAAACACAAUUUCCAAUUUUGGUACCAAAAAAACCCUUGGAUAAAUAAAAUCAUUUAUUUCACAUGUACUAGAAAUACAUAGUUCGAUGUCUUACAAUAUGGAAUGUACAUCGAAACAUUAUAAUUUUACAAUGCAUUUGUCAACAUACCAUCUAAAGUUGUCCCUAACUUUUUAAACAUACAAAUGUAUUAAUUUCUUAAUUCAGUGACUUCUAUAAAUCCAUAUAUCUAAUAUCUAUAUUUACAACGUGUUACAAAACUAAUUACUUUAAUAAUGAUAAUAUAUAUGGUUUUGUAUAUAUAUUUAAUUCUCACAUUCUAAGCUCAUCAAUUUUGAAUCCAAGGCCAAUAAAUACUCAUCAAUAACAUGACAACGUCAUCAAGUUUUUAUGACCAACAUCCAGGCUUAUUUUUUCUUCAGGAGAACUAGGCAAGAUAAAGAGUGACUAGGCAUAUUCUAGGCAAGUGUGUUCCACAUUAGGCCACAAUUUUACUUACCAUCAGGUGAGAUUGUGGUCAAGCGUGAGCCAAUUUAAAAAAAUAUCAUAGAGGAAUGUUAAAAUGAUUUUUGUAGUCAAAUCUUUAUGAUUCAAUGUGGGUGUGAUCAACUAUAAUAUAAGUAUAAUAAGUAAUACAAAUAAAAUAUUAAAAAACUAAAAA